AUGGACAUCACUUCCUCAUCAAAAAAAGAAGGAAAUCCGAUAGAAAUCAGAGCUUAUUUACAUUUUGACACUUUAGAUAUUCUUAGACUCAAUAACGAGGCUGAUGGAAGUGUCAAGCUUAAGAUUGAUGGUGUGACACAGUGGACAAACAUAUCUAGAGGAUUAAUGCCGGUUCAUACUGUUUUGGAAGUAAAGAAACAAAGCACAUAUCCGGCUCAGCUGAUGAGGAUAAGGUAG